CACGUGUUUGCCUACAUCCGACCACUCAUCCUCUGCGCAUUUGUCUCUGGCAUGUUCCUCAAAGAGGACCGGGUGGAGGCGCUUCUUCCACAGGUGUUGAAGAACCCGCGGGCCAGCAAAGCCCACCAGGCUUUUCUUGAGACUUGGGAAGCAUGUGGCCUCCCACCACAAACGUUGUCUCAAGUAGUAGGUGGAGUCUAUUGUGAUGGUCCUCCUGAGCCACUCCUGGAGGAGCCAGAGCGACAACGUGCUACAGACCCAUCGUUGUGGCAGCUGGUCUACAUUCCACCAGUCUUCGACGCAACCGGAAUGGAGAUCAUGUGCUUUGACAGCCUCGAAGAGGCUCAGACAAAGCUCAACUCCCUGAAACUCGGGGAAAUUGAUGAGGGUGGUGGCAUCAUCUUCAAAAACAAAGAACCAGUUGCUGAAAAGCUGGUCCUGAAAUACAUGGAGAAGGAAGACUUUCUGGGGUUUCUCGAAGAGGCCACCAAGACACCGGAGAAGUUUGAGCCCACCGAGACGGACGAGAUCAAGGCCAUCGAGGAGUCCUUGCUUGACCGCUUGAAUGAGCUGUCCAAGCUUGCGCCAGACAUUGGUAAAUUAAAGGUUGAGUACGAGGCCAUCGAGGAGAAGCCCAAAAUCGUGUACGGCAAGCCCUCGAUGUCCUUGGUGGAGCUGAGCCGCCUAUUCCCCGAUUUGGUGACGCUGGGCGGCUGUGCCAAGCCUAAGCCAGCCCCAUAGAUUUCAACGUGAGAUUUCCCGACCUGCGGGCGGAAAAUGGUCAUGAAGAAUCGGAAGUGGCAUGAAGUGGCAGAAUGCAGAAGCAGAAGACGGUGAAAAA